AUGCCUACAAAACUAAUUAACCUCGAAAUUCAUAAAAUAAAAAUUCGUUCCGUUCCAAAACAACUUUGGCUGGAACCUGUGAAACAAGAAUCAGGAAAUGAAAAUGAAAUAUAUCAUAAACAACAAUAUGAAAAAUACGAACACGAAAAACACAAACACAAACAACAACACAAAAAAAAUGAAUAUAAUAAUAACAACGAUAGUAAUGUUCAGGGGUGGACAUGCGGAAAUUUAAACAUUGACAAAUUGAUAAAAAAUUCUCAACUUCAAUCAUCACCAAAUAAUAGUUUAUUGGAAUGGAUCCCUUACAAUCGUUUUUCCAACAUUCAAUAUUUAGGACAAGGUGGAUUUAGUACUGUUUAUUCCGCUCUAUGGAAUAAUCAUUCACAAACUUUAAGAACUGGACCUAAAAAAUUCGAAACAUCACUUGUUUGUAGAAAUUUACAAUCUUAUAUUCGUAAUAAUUUUAAUGAUCUCACCUGGUUAAAAAAACUUGAAAUCCUCUUGGACAUUGCUCGGGGUAUACAUUCCAUUCACAGAUCUGGAUUAUGUCAUAAGAAUUUACAUACUAGUAAUUUAUUUUAUGACAAUGGCGCAGUUUUGAUUGGUGAUUUGGGUCUUACGGGAUAUGCUAAUAAAGUAUGCGAAUAUUCUAAAGAAGCAGCGGGUAUGAUACAAUAUAUGGGACCAGAAAUUUUACGAGGAAAACCCUACACUAAAUUUGCUGAUAUUUAUGGAUUCGCCAUGAUUAUGUCCGAAAUUGCUUCAGUUGAUAGUUUAUUAAAAUGGUAUAAAGAAGUUCGCGAUAAUAAUACAUCUUCAGAUAUUUAUAAACAAUUCAAGGCAGCCGAUGAAUAUAGGCAACGAAAUUUGCAAAUAAAAAUUCCUUUAUAUAAAUAUGACAAAUAUAAAAGUCAAAUUGUAGAAACAACUGAUCUUGGAGAGGAAGAUUGCCUAGCAGAUGAAAGUGGUGAAUCUUCAGACGAGGGUUAUUAUGGAUACGGUGCUGAUUUUCCUGCAUUACUUGUACAUGAAUCCGAAUAUGACUCUGGUAACUGA